AUGGCCCGUGCUGGGAUUGUUGAACCGAUUCCUCUUAAUGUCAAAACCGGGCGGGCGGGGCUCACGGAGUUCUGUGUCCGAGCAGGGAAGAGCGGCGUGGGCCACGAGGCGCUGCUGAAGCGGAGAGCGGCGCAGAGGCGGGAGCGCGCGCUGCGGUGGGCGCGGCUGCAGAGCCUGGCCGCGGAGCGCGCCGCCGAGCAGUUCCGAUUGCGCCUCAAGACGAAGCAGGACGAGGCGAAGCUGGACGCCGACCUGCGCAGGAGCCAGCGAGCCUGCCAGCAGCUGGACACGCAGAAGCAAAUCCAGGUUCCCAGGGAGCCGUGGUACUGGCUGAGGCCGGAAGACGAGGCUGAGGAGGAGGAGGAGGAGGAGGAGGAGAAAGAUCAAGAUGAAGAUGAAAUUCCGAGUGACGAGCUGAGCGUGCUGGAGAAGCUGCGGCUCCUGACCGGGUACCUCAGAGAGGAGCACCUGUACUGCAUCUGGUGUGGGACGGCCUAUGAGAAUCAAGAAGACCUUUCUUCCAACUGCCCGGGGCCAACCUCUGCCGACCACGACUGACCAAGUCUCCCUCUGCCGACCACGACGACUGACCCAGUCUCCGUAAAGAAACAACCUGACGAGUGUAGUUCCCCAGACACAAACAAAACCAGUUCCCCGGUUCCUCCUGCAGUCUCGUGUUUGCUUCCACUUGUACUUCUGGAGAAC